CGGCAGACAUCGUUGGCGCUGCUACCAAAAGACAUAGCUGUCGCUAAGCAUUACGUCCGCUUUAAUUCAAAUUAGCCGAUAGACAAGAGCUGCGACCACACAACUGACCAUGCGCGUCGCUCUCCUUCUCUUCGCGCUCUCCGCGCUCAUAGCCCGCCCGUACGCAGCACAGUUUGGGGUGAAGGCGACAGACUCUGAGGAGGGAGACUACUCGUGUAACUGGGAGCGCGGCGGCAAGCGCUGCUGCGGGACCCUGAAGAACCCUGGCGCCGCGCAUGGCUGGCGGCAGGACGAGACGGACCACUGCUUCCCCGCCUCGGCCAGUGACCACAUGGUGUGCUGCGUUGACAUCCAGUCUGUGGACAACGAGACGAACGAGGACGACCCCACUGUCGCCCACCACAACCCGCUGUCUGGGCCCAUCCGCCGCAACUCCGACGCAUCCUCCUACUCCUGGUGCACGUGCUCCGUGUCCAUUUGUGAGAAACAGCUCAAAGGUCGCGUGGCCUGGGUGGGCCGCCCCGGCCGCACGUGAUGCGCCCAUUGCAUGGCGUGUUGUUGUUGGAGAGGGGGGUAGGUGACGUACAGCACGUGAGCUGAGGCGAUGAAACCUUGGAAAAGUGACGUGGCAAGGCUUGGGGCCCCGGGUAGACGUGUGACGUGCUGAGCCACGGUAGUUUGGCUGCUGGUUGACUGAACACGCACACUGCCCGCCACCUGUUAAGUCGCCACGCCGUACUUCACGGUGCAUUGUGCGUGGGCAUUGCAUGCAUCGCAGGAGCAUUCAUUCUUGGUCUGUAUAUACUGGUUGUUGGGAGUAGGCACGGAGUAGGACACUGCAAUUGCCCAGUACAUAGCACAGCGCGUGGCGCUUGGACGGCCUGCGAAGUUGAAUAACUUACAGAUGCAGAAGGCCCGUGCAAAAACUUGAACCUCGUGAAACGCUGUGAGCGCCGGUGCGCCCUUAUGUUUCUGAACGUGCCAGUGUAACGUAUUAUUGAU